AUGGCUCUAAGUCGCCCGCAAGCAUAUGAGAGCGUGCCUGCUUCUGCACAGGUCUACUCCGACCCCAGCGAGGGAGCCCCGGUUUACGCCAUGGAUCAGCAGCGUAUUCCCGGCUCCUAUAUUGGACAAUAUGGAGUGCAAGGUGUCCAGUAUGGAGGCAAUCAAGCACGAGAUGAACCGGGUUGGACAGAGCGAGUGCUCGACGAAAUGAAGGACAUGCUUCUUCUCCUUGACCGACAGGGUCGAAUCUCCUAUGCCAGUCCGUCCUGCAAGAGCAUCACCGGUCGUGCCUUGACACAACUUGAGGGAAUCCCACUGACACAGUUCAUCCACGAGGACGACCGAGCAAUCUUCCAGAAAGACAUGGAUGAUGGCGUCGCUACGAACCAGUCAUUCCGCACCCAUUUACGAUUCCAAAAGACCAACAACACAUACUGUCUCAUGGAAGCAUAUGGCCACCCGCACAUUGCGAAACAGAAUGAGCGCCAGAGCGGAAGAAUAUCACCCACUACGGAGCGCUGCACCGGCUUUUUCUUAAUGUGCCGACCCUAUCCCAACAAAGUUUCCCAGCUCCUCGACUCAUUUCUGGAGCACAAGAUCGAGAAUGCACGUCUGCUGCAACAAAUUGCCCAAUUGAAGAAAGAAGAAGACGAUGAUGCGAACGUGACUCGACCCUCCCAACCAAAGCUCGGUCUAGCUUCGAUAUCCGAAUCCCACAGUCAAAUAGCGGCACCUGAAGGCGGAUCCAGCGACCAAGAAUCCACAGACACUGUCGCACAGACAUCAGACGACUCCGACGCAAACCCAUCAGUCGAUUACUACGGAAACAGCAAGAGCGAGGGAUACUCGCACAUCGACGGCAUCGAAGUAAUGACAGGUCUUUACUACGGCGAAGGCGAGAGAUCCGAGGGUCUGAGCACAGGAGCCAGUCGUGGCCGUCUGGUCCACUGCGAUAUCGACAUCACCACUGCAGCGGACCAGGAGCGCAACGCGCAGGAAGGCGACCGCCGCAAGCGACUCAAGAGCCAGCAUGUCUGUAGUGACUGUGGAACGGCAGACUCGCCGGAAUGGAGGAAAGGGCCGAAUGGGCCUAAGACCUUAUGCAAUGCCUGUGGCUUGCGUUGGUCUAAGAAGGAAAAGAAACGUCAGGAGUCGGCUUGA